UAUCAUUCGCACUUGCUGACUUCGUUUUGUACAGACUGUCACAUACGGUCACCUCUCUUUUAAGGCAUGUCAAUGGGUGGAUUGUUGGUGUACGUCCUCAUGGCAGCGCUAGUGGGGGUUGGUUUGACAUCACCCGUAUCCAAGUCGGAUGGCAACACCAAACAGGGUGGGAUACUGCCACAGCUACUGGCCAGGAGGGAGGCAGUGUGGAAUGCUGCGGAGAACGUCGCUAAGCGGGAGCAAGACACUCAAAUGAGCAUGGCACGGAUGGCGAGGACGGCGCACCUGUCGGAGGACCAGCGCGAGUUCAUGUCCAAGCAAAUCAAGCAGGCCAUCUCAGAGUUGAUGAACGAGUGUCCGGGCCGGGACUACCAAGGAUGGGUCGACUUUGGACGGCGGAGUGCAGAGUAGAGACGUACCAAAGGCCAACUGAGGAACGUCUGCCUGCACUGGCGUUACUCAGGAAUACAUCCCUAUUUGAAAUAGAUUGUAUAUAUUUUAAUUUGCUUAUAUUGAUUUUUAUCCAAGUGUCAAAAUAAACAUGUUUGCAGUA